AUGAGUUUCUUCAUGCAACAGCCCGUAGCCAACCAGGCUAGUAAUGGGAUGCCACUAAACUGGCAUGCCAUAGCCAUAGCCGUGCAGGGCGUGCAAGGCACCCUAAAUGAGAUGAUCAGAGAGGAGCGCAAAGGGAUAGUCACCGAUCUCGAGCGCAUCCUCAAGAAAGCCCUAAGGCUAGGAGUUGAAGUGAGUCCCACAGCCCUAAGCCGGGUCGGGAUCGAGAUGAAGUAUCUGCCCCUCGCCUGGGAACAUACGAUCAUAGAUCCCCAGAGCCUGAACACAGAUUUCUUCUUCAAGCCCAUGCCAACGGAAACCAUCCAAAAGCAUGCACCGAUCCUGGUCCCUGCUGACGACUCUGGGCAUGUCCUGAACGUUGUGGACAGCCAAGGUCUGGCCCAGAAUUCGGGGGACGCCCCGGAAUCUGUCCAGGUCGAACAAGACAAGACCUCAGACGACGAUGGGAACGUGGAAUCGGACGGUGAUGUCCUUCCGGUACAUGACUGUGAAGAAUGCCAGGCUCUCUCCCGGCUGGCCGAGAUAGAGGAUCAGGUAGAGCUCACAACUCACUGGCCUGUCCUGGACUCUCGUGCCGCCGUGGACAGCCUUCACAUUAACACAGCAUUCAAAGUUUGGUGGACAUUUGCCGAAUUAGACAGGCAAUGUCCCCCGAGGAACGAUGUCAUCAGUCUCGUCAACGCCACAAACUGGCGCGACCCGUUACGGCUUCAAAAGCCACACAACGUUUUUGGCCGCUACACAAAUGCAGACUCCGAAAUCACCGUGCCCCGGGAGUACACUCCCACCCAUCGGUGGUUCGUUCAGAGUGUCUUUGUCGCGACAGAGGGUGAGCCUCACGAACAGUUUAUCGUGGCGAGCCCCGGCCCUGACGACUUUUCCGGCGGCCUUGUACACAGCGAGAUCAUAACCAUCCUCACGGCGAUGAUCACGCGGUACAAGAGCGGCCGUCCGCAUAUCAAAAGGCAGAAGGUCAUGCCAGUUAUGCUCAUCUCUGUCAUCAGGAACGUUGUCCGGGUUGUCCAGGCCCACUACAACGGACAAAAUGUCGUUUUUAGGGUUUCCCAGGCCAACAACCCUGAGAUGAUGGCAGAGGCGAACGGGUAUGAGCUUUUCGCCAGGUAUCUUGCGUCAACCCCUGUUGGAGAUACCGAGGACUACCCCAUGGCCAUGCCAGAACUACAGCAGGCAUGGGGAUUCAAGAGGACAAGUGAAGAAGCCGAUCUCGAGGACGAGGCCUUGCCUCCUGUCAAGAAACCUCGACUCGGCAUUGGAGCUUGCUGA